UUUUGGUGGUGGUGGUGCUGGAGGAGGUGGAGCAGCCGCCGCCGACUCGGGGUUUGAUACAAGCGGGAAGUGCGGCCAGGCGGACCGAGUAGGACCAACCCCGGGGGGGGACGGGUAGACGAGGAACAAAUCCAGUCUUUGGGUGGAGCAACCCCAGGGCGGACCGAGUAGGAACAACCCCCUUCCCCCCGGCGGACCGAGUAGAAGCAACCUGGGUCCAGGGCGGACCGAGUAGGAACAACCUCCCUCCCCCCCCGGCGGACCGAGUAGAAGCAAUCCUGUGCGGAACAACGGUCCAGGGCGGACCGAGUAGAAGCGACCCCAAGCCCCGGACUGAGUAGAAACAACCCAAGGCGGACCGUGUAGGAGUAACUCCCGGGCCGGACUGAAACGGGGCGGAGCGGCUACGAGCCGUGGGGGAGGAGAACUACAACUAGCUGAGGGGAAGAGGCCGGCGGCAUGGAGAGCAAGCUGGCGCCCAACGGGGACAUUUACAGCACGGUCAACGGGUUCAUGGAGAAGGCGCACUCGGAGAGCAAAGUUGCAGGCCGGAGGAAUGGCUUCGCUAAGCCGGCCUUUGCUCAGAAUGGACAGAGUCAUCAUAUUGCACAGAAUGGAGGUCUGUGCCAAAGGCCAUUUAAUCAAUACUUUGAGGAGACCCCUAUGCUUGUUGCUGUACUGACCUACAUGGGUUACGGAAUUCUUACGCUGUUUGGCUACCUCAGGGACUUCCUGCGGGAGUGGAAGAUUGAAAAAUGUCAUCAUGCCACCGAACGCGAAGAACAAAAGGAUUUUGUACCUUUGUAUCAAGACUUUGAAAAUUUCUACACCAGAAACCUGUACAUGAGGAUUCGAGAUAGCUGGAACCGACCCAUCUGCAGUGUCCCCGGAGCAAAGUUUGAUGUAAUGGAGAGAGUUUCCUAUGACUAUAACUGGACAUUUAAAUUCACUGGCAAAAUCAUCAAAGAUGUCCUCAACAUGGGUUCAUAUAAUUACUUGGGCUUUGCUGAACGCCGUGGCUUCUGUGCCGAUGCAGCAAGAAAAUCAACUAUCCAGUACGGAGUUGGUAUUUGUAGCACACGCCAAGAGAUCGGUAACCUUGACAAACAUGAAGAGCUGGAAAAAAUGGUGGCUCGGUUCUUGAGAGUUGAAGCGGCCAUGGCGUUUGGCAUGGGAUUCGCAACAAACUCAAUGAAUAUCCCUGCUCUUGUUGGCAAGGGUUGUCUGAUCUUGAGUGAUGAACUCAAUCAUGCAUCAUUAGUGCUUGGAGCCAGACUUUCCGGAGCCACCAUCAGGGUUUUCAAACACAACAAUAUGCAGAGCUUGGACAAAUUGCUUAAGGACGCCAUUGUUCACGGGCAGCCUCGGACACGCCGGCCGUGGAAAAAGAUUCUCAUCAUAGUCGAGGGAAUUUACAGUAUGGAAGGCUCCAUUGUCCGUUUGCCCGAGAUAGUGGCUUUAAAGAAAAAGUACAAGGCUUAUCUGUACCUGGAUGAAGCUCACAGCAUCGGAGCUCUGGGGCCCACAGGCCGCGGUGUAGUGGAAUAUUUUGGUGUCAACCCCAAGGAUGUGGAUGUCAUGAUGGGAACUUUCACCAAGAGCUUUGGCGCAGCUGGUGGAUACAUAGGUGGGAAAAAGGAGCUUGUGGAGUAUCUUCGUUCACACUCUCACAGUACGGUCUACGCUACAUCAAUGUCUGCGCCUGUUGUGGAGCAGAUCAUCGCCUCCAUGACCUGCAUCAUGGGAGAAGACGGCACAACUCUGGGUCAGAACCGGGUUCAACAGCUGGCGGAGAACACUCGUUACUUCAGAAGAAGACUGAAGGAAAUGGGAUUCAUUAUCUAUGGAAAUGAUGAUUCACCAGUGGUGCCUUUGAUGCUCUACAUGCCAGCCAAAAUUGGUGCUUUUGGGCGAGAAAUGCUGAAAAGAAACAUUGGAGUGGUGGUGGUUGGAUUUCCUGCCACCCCCAUCAUAGAAUCUAGAGCCAGGUUUUGUGUAUCUGCUGCUCACACCAGAGAGAUGUUGGAUACCGCUCUAAAGGUGAUAGGAGAGGUCGGUGACCUCCUACAGUUGAAAUACUCGCGACACAAGUUAAAACCUUUAAUUGACCAUUCAUUCGAGGCAACUACCUACGAAGAAAUCGAGGAUUGAACAAUGCCCUGGUUAGACAAGCACUCGCACGUCCAAGUCUCUGUUUCCAGUUCGUUAUCACUCUGCUGCUUUUGUGCUUUGAAUUUUCACACCUAUUUAUAUAUUUUUUUAAAACCUAAACCGAAGUCAAGAGGCUUUGAAUGUGCCCUUUCACUGAUUCCAUUGGUGUUGCAUUAACAGGAUGUGUAUACAGGCUCUCAGCAUCACUUUUACUAAUGAGACAUUAAAACCGACGGAGAUUGAUCAGAGUUUGUAACCCCCGAGCCUUGCCAAAUGUGAUCAGCAGUGCAAGUCAAGCAAGGUGGUGUCGUGGCAAAAUGGGUCUGCCUGCUCACAGCCAUGAAAUCCUUGGAGAUGAAUCUCGUCGUUAACCGUUUUAUGAUUUCUCACCACCUACCCUCCCCAGCCAAAAAAAAAAAAAGGCAAUUCAACGAGUACACUUUAAAUACUUCACUCUUGUUGCUCUUUUAAAAUAUGUCUUGCUGAACGUGUCAAUUAUAAUUACAAUUUGCAGGAAUUUGUUUGGCAGGGGAGGGAUGGCUGGCCAGGGAAAGUCUAAAUCUAUUUAAAAUAUCCCAUACCUAAAUCAUUGUGACGUGUUUUUGUUCGUGCACAAUUGGAAAAGAAAGAUCGAGAACUCCUGAGCCUGAAGCUGGUGCUGGCUAGGAUUACCAAAUGAUUCACUCUUCCUUGCAAGUCUUGAUGCUUGUGUGUCUAAAGCUAUCUUGAUGUGUGUCUGCAAAAUCAAUGUUAUGCUAUCCUCCACUUUACAAAAGACAUGCUGGUCGGAAUUGGGGUUUGAAUUUACUAUGGUUUUCUACUAUGCAGUUUAAGUUUAAAAUGGGCCAUCUUUGAAGGUAAUGUGGCAGAAUUAUUUUCUUAUUUUUUAGUAGAAAUAAUGAGCAUAUGUAACGACCUCAAUCUCAAUGUUUCAAGCUAUUGAUAUUUUUAAAUGAUGUCGACAAAUGGUUUGUUCCAAUUCAGACAUGAUUUGAUCCAUCUGUCCACUAAAAGCGAAGUCAUCCAGAAAACAGGAUGUUUACUCUUUUCCCAAUUCUGUAGCACUCCACAUCAUGCCAUUGACGAAUUUGCUGCUUCUUUACCUUCUCUCCUUUCCAAAGUUUCAGAAUACCAGAAGUGCCUGAACCCCCUGAACUGAAUUUACUCAAUUCUUUCGAAUCAUGUUUUUAGAAAACGGCAAGAACAAAAAUCAAAGAUAGUCACAUUGGGUCCAGUUAUAUCAGAGUGUGUGUGUGUGUGUAUUUUCUCAGCAAACUUUCAAUUUGCUGUCUUCCAUAAAUCCUUCAUUAAAUACUCCCCACAGCACGGCAGUGAAUGCCCCCUGUGUUGGCAUGGCAAAGCAAAUUGUUUCUAGGGUACUUGCCCAAUGUGUUCUGAACUAGCUAGUCCAGGCCUGAAUCGUCCUUGCUACGCGACUGUUUUUUGCUUCACUGGGUCUCCUCGGCUGUGCAGGGAAAUUAGAAAGUGAUCAGUAGUGCCAUCAAGUGACCCCCCCCCCCCCCCCCUUCCCCCCUCCUGAAGUAUGUUGGUUUGUUUGUGGGCAGAAUAAAAAUCAUGCAUUCGAUUGGCAAUGUUUGCUUCUCGAGCGCAGAGACUGGUGUUGGGUCUGAGAAAAGGCACCUCCCACUGAACAGAUACAAACAGAUACACAUAAUCUAUGUCUCUAGAACUAGGGGAAUACAGAUGGAGAAGAAUAUGUUUUUUUAGGUAAUAUGAUUGGUCAAUUUGAUGCCUGAACCAGUGGAAUAAAAUGGACAUUUUUCUUCCAAAAGUGCAAGUUAAGAUUUCAUGAGAGAUCUGGUUUGGGAAUCCUGUCCAUUUGUAACUCCGGCAUUUUACUACUUUUGACUAGGGCUUUCUAAUCAUUCUCCUUUGAUUCUGCUUUGUUUUUGCUCUUUCCAAAUCAAAUUGAACACUUUUUUUUAAACAAAUCUCACCUGAAACUUUUUACGGUUGAGCAUCUCGACAGAGCACAAAUUACUGUGACAUUUUUGCACUAAAUUGCACAGAUUUGGAUUGGUGGUUCUUUUAUUGAGUAAAUCUGCUAUUUUGGUUCAGGUGGAGGGCAAAGAAAAGCAUCAAAUCAUGGUAACCAAAUGUAGAGUUAUUUUGUGGAAUAUGGCAUUUUUCUUCAAGAAAGGAAAGCGUUACUAUCAUGUUAACCAUUUGUGAGAUGGCUGAAAUCCAGCAAUGUUUUGAGCUGAAUUGUCACUUGGACGAUUUAUGUGAUUAUAUAUUCUAAGUUUGCUUUUGUUUUUAUGCAAGUCUGUAUCAUUCCAUGUACCUAACAAACUGCAUAAUUGUAAACUCGCUCACGUGCCUUUCCCCUUUGUCCCUUGUUUGAAGAGUGUGAAGAUCUAGAUAUUGGGCCUUGUGAAUCAUGUCUUUGUUCAGUUCAUGACCAGAUCUCUCUCUGCAAGCAAAGUUCCAUCCCAGACAGCUGUUCAGAGCCAUUCGAAAUAUUGUCUUAUACUGUAAAUAGUCCCAACAAAUUCUAACCUUCCUCCAACUGCAUCUUUACUUUAUUAUUUGUACUGUCUCUUUUCUGUAGCCUACAUUGCUUUUUAGUGGGCUUUCUUUUUAUCCUUCUGAAGGAUGGCCGUGAUGGACUUCAAUUUUGCUUCCCUCCCUCCUUCUUAUCCAGAGAGAGAAAUGCCCUAUUUUCAGCUGAGGGGUAGAGACACCACCUGCUAUGGAACUGGAAUUGGAAUGUAAAUUCCACUUAAAGUAGAGCACUGUUCAUUGUUCUCAUCUGUACCGAAGGUCUGUUUUUGUUGUUGUAUGAAUUCCAUGUGUUAUAAAACUGUAGGUGUCUGUUGAAGGACAUUUCAGCGUACCUUGGAAUGAGCUGUUACUAUGUAGUGUAGGCUUGCUUGGAUUUGAUUCAGGUUUUCAAAAGCUCAAAUAAAUAAAAUAACUCAGCAAGCAUCCAAAUGCCAGGAAGCAUCCAAAUGCUUGAGCAUUUUACUGGUAUCAUUAUUUGUUUAAAAAAAUAACUCCACUUCCGCACUUCUGUGUUCAAUACACAUCCGAUAUUGAACAGGUUCUGAUGUUCUGCCAUACAUCCAGUCUUCAAAUCUUCUGUACCCAUAACUUUUGGAAAAUACUACUCAAAUAUAACAGUGAAAAGAGCACUUUUUCAGGUAGGUAGAUAGCCAAGCUGGUUAAAUUAUGCCAGUCCACGAGUGUGUAAAACAUAGUUAGAAGAACUGAUCAUAUUCCAAUGAUAAGACAAACUCCAUGAGUGCACAUACCAGCAGCUGGAAGAAAUAUCUUCUGCCAAUACUCAUAUUUUUGCUCUGCACUCUGGUUACAUUUGCUGCACUGUUUCAGUGUAUGCUGAUCCUAGGAAUCAGUCUCCCACUUAUAAUGUGACUGGUGGUGUUACUUCGAGAUUCAGAGGGUUUCAGUAUUCUUGCUAUUAUUGUACAUGAACAUUUAAUGAAAAAAGCGUUCAAUCUUAUUAUAAACCUUUAGGCCUUUUGAUAUCUUGGCAUACUUGCAAAUGAUUCUCUGUGAUUUCAUGGAAUAUUUUCAUAAAUGUAAGCUUUUGUUAUUAUUUUGUACUUGUACAUCCAAAAUUUAUUCAUGACCAUCAAUUAGCUUUGACUUUAAGCCUGUAAAUCAUGGUGUCUCAGUCCUCGUUCUAUGUAGACGUUAAGCUCACGAGUGCAGUUAUGUUUGGCUGUAUGAUCAGGAUACUGCCAACUUGAGACAAGUCAGUAGUUGUACUGAUUCCUACUGAUACUCAAGGCAGUUAUGAAAGACCAUACAGAGGCCUUUGUUCAAGCCCAUGGCACUCUCAGUAUGCAGGCAUUUUUUUAUAUGUUAAAUAAAUCUUUUAAUACCGCUAUGUUUAAAGAAAAAGCAAUUACAUUUGCUGGGAAAUACCACUCACUUUGCAAGGAGUUGAGCUGAUGGAAUUUAAGUAAUGUAAAUGGCAGUCUUCUGCGUGCCCUCGUCUUCUAUACAUGCAAGGGUGGGUUUUUUCUUAUUUAAAGAUGACUUUUAUUUCCUGAAGGUGCAUUUGUAGAGAGCAUUCUCUCAAUCUCAGCCAGGCUGUAAUGAAAAGGGAGGAGAAAAAUGGUACAUGCUCAUCUCAUGCAGGCUCGACGAAACUGUAUUGAGGUAACACGGCCACUGUCUCCUCCAAUGAAUGGUCAUGGUCUGAGGUGUUUGUGGGAGUGCAGCAAAUAAUGAAAUAUAGAUUCUUUUUUAAAGUUAUACACUGGUGUUUAGGAGUAACUGGAGCUUUGAAAGUUUUAAAUGCACUUAAACCCAGGUUUGUAAUAUUGAUUCUUUUGUAACUUUGCGCAUUGCAGCAAAGUGGGUUAUUCUUGUAACAAACUGUUGUUAUUUCACAAACUGGGGCGAUCAUUUUUGUUUUCCUUUUGGUAACGUUUUGGUGCCAGAUUAAGGUUCCCAGGAGCUGGUUGCUCGACUGGGUUUGCACACUUUGGACAUUGAAGGACUUUUCCUGAGACCAUCGUUAAACAAAGAUGCUGCUCUGUUCUUAAAGCUAAAGGGGUCAGUAUGGGUACAGUAAGGUGAAGUAGUGCUACGCAUUGGAGGUGCCAGGUAACUAAUGGACCCCUGGAGUUCAAUUGAUUUUCUUUUUUUUUUUUUGAAUGAGGAUUUAAGAACUUGAUUGCUGUCUGCUUUAACACCAGACAUUCAGCAUGGGUAUUACACACCAAAUAUUGCCCAAUUUAGUGUUGGAAGGAACUGCAGAUGCUGGUUUGCACCAAAGAUAGAUACAAAAUGCUGGAGUAACUCAGCGGGUCAGGCAGCAUCUCUGGAGGAAUGAAUAGGUGACUUAUUGGGUUGAGAACUGUCUGAUGAAGGGUCUAGACCCGAAACGUCACCCAUUCCUUUUCUCCAGAGAUGCUGCCUGACCCACUGAGUUACUCCAGCAUUUUGUGUCUGUUGCCCAAUUUAGUGUUGGUUUUGAGAGAUUGGCAUUGACUGCUGUUGAGGCAAGUGUUAUCACUUGAGUAGCUAACCUUAAAGUGCAUUUCCAUGUUGCUAAAGUAGGACAAAUUAAAUAUUUCUUGAGGGACGGCAUAACUGAAUAAUGCACCAGCUGACCUAGUACUUGGAGACUGAAAGAACUGUUAUAAUUUAUGCGUUUUGCUGUUCAAAAGUAGACGGGCACAUUUGUGGAUGAAUUUCUAUGCCAAUCCAGUUCCUACUUGUCUGAUUUGACCUCCAGAAAUAUUCCUUGAGGUUUUUGUUCCCUUUUCACAAUGUAGAAAGAGGACUAUUGAAAAAGCAUCAUAUCAAAACAUGCAAACUACAGAUGAGGUGCCACUUCAUGUCAUUGUUCAAACUUCUAAAGAAAUCUAAACGUCCAUUCUGUAAAGCUGUUUUUUAAUUGAAUCAUACCUUUAUGUAAAAGUCACCCGCGUGUGUUAAAUGCAGUAGGAAGGAACUGCAGAUGCUGGUUUAGAUCGAAGAUGGACACAACAUGCUGGUGUAACUCAGCGAGACAGGCAGCAUCUCUGGAGAUGAGGGAAUGGGUGGUGUUUUGGGUCGAGACCCUUCUUCAGACUGAAGGGUCUCGACCUGAAAAGUCACCCAUUCCUUCUCUCCAGAGAUGCUGCCUGUCCCGGUGUUACUCCAGCAUUUCAUCUAUCUUUGUGUUAAAUGCUGUGUACAUAGCAUCAUGAUAUCUGACCAGAUUAAAACAUGAUUUUGUUAUUGUUAUAAUCAUGACCGCAUAGAUUUUGACAUGUAAUUAUCGAGGUCCAAUCUCCAAAGCAAUGUGCAGUUACCCAAGCACAGUGUAUGUUUGUGAAACUUAAUGAAAGAUAAUUUGGCUCAUAAUUAAAACUGCAAUAAAGUUUCUCAAGGCUUGAGAAAUGUUUACAUGAUUGUGGGAUUUUCUUUCACUUGUUUUCCCCCCAAUAUUGAUGACUGCACUUUGUAUUGUAUGACUGCGCAUUGAUAUGUUUUUUAAAAGGUCUCUCAAUUAUGUCGAAGGACUACAAAACAAACCCCAUGUUUGUGGAGACUUGCAAUCCCGUUAGCAGCAGUCAAGGGUGGCAUUCCAGCAAUCAGUGCUUUCAAUUUAGUUUGUUUCUGAAUGAUCUUGGUUGUAACCGGGAAAUAUCAAAUUUCAGUGCGUUUGUAAAUGCAAGUGAUAUCACUUCACGUUGUUGUCGGUACAUAACCUGCCCUUUUGUACACAAGAUGUUAUAAAUGUACUUUUUUGACAGUACUCCCCGAGUAAAGUAAUCUUUGUAUUGAAGUCUCAUCAGUCUUUUAUCUUGAAUCUUGCAAACUCCAUUGGUAUAUGAAGGUGUACUUUAUCCAUGCAUGUUAUUAACAUGCAUAAUGCUGUUGACACUGGAGAAUCAAUAACUUGCUUAAAAUAAUAACUGAUUGUAAAAUGUUCCCAAUAAACAACUUUCCA